CGAACGACCAUGCUCCCAUCCUGGCGGGCCACCCGCAAGCCCUCUCCCCCCGACCUCCAACAUCCCCCCGACGCUCGACCACGUUCCCCACAACGGGGCGACGCCGACGAGACUCUCAACGCUAGGCCGUCGUUAGAGCGCACAGUCACAGCCCCGCUCUCGACGCCCCACGACGCUGUCCUGUCUGAGCUGCUGGGUCAGCGGGAGAGCGCAAGCCAGGAAAGCGCAGCCCCUGUAGACGGUCCCGAUUCUAGGCAAGCACUUCCGAAGAUUAGCAUAGAUGGAACCACGAGCUCGUUCUAUCGCUCCGAGCGGACAGCAACCCCAUCUCAGGGUGCAGGCCUGCGCUCGACGUCCGCUAGCCCAAACUCUGCCCACGAACCCAUAUACGACCCCUUCACCGGUGCCCUCGCUGGCUUCAUGACGCCGCCCGCGCAAGACCACGAGGGCAGUCAAGCGAUGUCCGGCGCUGACUUCGACCACACACGCGACGAGCUCUGGGUUCACCUCUCACGGAUACGCGAGCUACAGAGUGAGAUCGCAGGGAUGCACCUACAAAUGGAAGGCAUAGGCUCUAGCGACGCUCGGAGCGCGAGGCGUGCUGCGGGGGCGACAAGGCGCGCGACAGAGGAGUGGGACGAUCCGGGCGAGGCGGAGGAGCAGCGCAAGGCCGCGCGCGAUGCAGAGUUUGCAACCCUUGCCGAGACGUUCAAGGGACGGCGUGCGGCGAUAGAUGGUAUCAUGAACAAGCUCGACGACUUAUCCCAGGCCUUGACCACCUUCCACGCACUGCCUACGCCUGUCAUGGAGUUUGCCAAUAGUCGGGGCAACACCAAGGACUCUGGGGCGAGACCGCGACAGCGAAAUACGUCAAUAUCUGGGCAAGCGGCCGUGCUUCAGGACGAGUCUGAGCGCGAGCCUGUGUUCCCUGACAGCCCUGCCUCCGAUGCGCCCUCGCACGUUGCGAACCCUUAACGCAUUUUCUACACGUUUAUCACUAUUGUACUCAGGGUUGUCAUGUUCUAGCACCGGACAUUGCGUCGUUUCCGUCAUAGCUUGUUCGGCUUGGGGCGACAAGAAGAACAUCGGGAUGAACUGCCCCGUACGGAGUGUCCGAACAACGGACUAUUAGUACAGUUCUCACCGGGUGCGAGUUGGCCCAUGAACUCGCUCGUGAACUCAAACCGUGUAUGUUCCGUCACGCGAGUCCUUGGCGGUUUGAAAUUGAGCUGAUACAGUACCGCGUUGUCGCCGAC